AUGAACAACUGUAGAGAUUCUCUCAUUAAUAAUAAUUUUACUUCAAGCAUGGAAUUUAGCAAAAUAAUGACGUUCCAAUAUCAGGCCUCAACCACAACAACAUCGACAGCAGAUCAAGUAGUUGUUCACUUGAUAGACUUGCACAAAUCAACAAGUACCUCCUUCGAACAACUUCGAAUUAGAAUGGCCCAUUCUGAUUCCCCAAAAGGUUUCUCCAUGAAUUUUCAUCUCAUUCAUUCUCUCGAAUAUUGCUCAGAACCUUGUAUUGAGGAUGGAAGAAGUUCACAACCAGACAACAACUCCUCUCAACAACCUCUCCUUAAAAAUCCUUUCGAUGUUAAAAUUUCCUUCUCGUGCUCUUGUGUUUUGGUGAGUGAGAAGGAGUCGAGAAUGAUUCAACUCUUUGAUUUAAUUUCUCGUAGAUUCCUCACCUCAAUCAAUUUACCUUCCACCCCUCGAUAUAUGCACAUUGAGUCAGAUUAUGAUGGCUACGGAAAUGAUGCUCUCUUAUUUACAAGUAAUGAUAAUUCUGUUUACAAGUACGAUCUCAAAUCCAUGAUUGAAUGUAAGGAAUCAAAAUAUUUGUGGAGAAACACUGAUGUUAAAUAUCCAAAUGGAAUAGUUUCAAGGAAAUUUGUAGACAUUAUCAAUGAGAGACGAGUUGAGAGAAAUUACACUUUCGUUUGUGAUGGAAGUUCGAAUUGUGUACGAGUGAUGAAAACAUUGAACGGACAAACUGUAACCUCAAUAGGUAUUCAGGAUAGAAUUUCAAUGACAAGUCCUUGGGGAAUUGACUUUACAAGUUGUGGGGAAAUGAUUGUCACCGAGAGUCUUUCUCACAGAAUUCAAAUAUUGAAACGCCAUUUAACAAAGAUUGACAACUCGAACCAAUAUCAAGAAAUUUGGAAAACUAGCAAAAUCAUUGGUGGAAGGGGAAGCGAAAAUGGGCGAAUGGAAUAUCCAAGCUCAAUUGUCUUUGACUCAGUUCACAAGAGGAUAGUUGUUUGUGACUAUUCAAACCAUAGACUUCAAGUAUUCAGUGAGGAUGGUCAUCAUCUUAAAAGUUUUGGAAGAAAAGGAAAGGGACGAAAUGAAUUCUCAUUUCCUAAUGCUCUUUGUCUUUGUGAAAAAACUGGAGAAUUACUAAUUGUUGAUUCUUCCAAUAAGAGGAUACUCACUUUCAUAUAA